AUGGCACAGGAUGCAAAGUCCAAACGUGCUUCGGGCUUCUCUCUUCGUGGGAUAAUAAAGCGGCCUGAAUUUUCUUCCUUAGAAGACGCCUUAGGUCUAACCCCUCCAACUACUUCGGAAAGCAACGAUGAUCGUCCACAAAACGGUCCCAAAGGUCGUCCAAUAGAUACAAAACUUUUAGUGCAAGAAUUACAAAAACCUCGCACUAUAGAAGCUCGCAUUAGACUUAUUGGAGAACUAUGUGAUAUGGUCACAAAAUAUACUUUUUCUGAUAUAACCGAAGUAUGGGUUUGUGUUAGCGAACUAUUAAAUUCUGAUAAGGCCGAAGCAAGGACUGUUGUAUUUCAGUUUAUGAUUUCUUGCAUAAGAGGUCAACAUAGUGAUAAUUUAGGUUUUCUUAGGACUAUUUUUUAUGAUUGUAUAAAAUCUCAUAAUAACAACCAAGAUUUUGAAAUUAGAUUAAUGGCAUUGAGAGAACUAUGCCAGGAUGGAAGAAAUAUUUCUUCCUUUGAAAAAAAUUUGGUCAAAUUACUUUCUGAAUGGGUUAACGAAACAGUACAACAAUUGGACAAUAAAAAUAUAAUAGUUCAACAACAAGAAGGGCUGACAAAUAUUAUGUUUCAGUUUUUAAUAACUGAACCCAUUGGUGAAAAAGAUUCUGAUAUAUUUUCACAACCAACCUUUACGACGAGGUUGCAAUCUGUAGUUAACCUAUUAAUUAACGUAGUCAAAUUCAAUUUUUCUCAAUUUGAAGAACAUGAUAUUUCUCGACUUAUUGAGGAUAUUGCCAUCGCUUGCAGGAAAUCAAAUGAUAUUUUGGACAUAGAAUGUUGUCUUAAUUUUUGGGAUAUAGUGGUACGAUAUGGUUACGUACCUUCUUCUUCAUUAAAAUCAUAUGUAAAUGUGCUUUGCGAUAAAGUUAAUCAUGAUGGAUCGAUUUCACAAACAAGCUGGCAUAUAAUGCGUAAUUUGUUAAAAAGUCAUUGCGCUUAUGGUACUAUCAAAAUAUUAUGCGAUAAUUUAUAUGCUGAAGUAGUAACUGUUGAAUCAACAAAUCUAUUACGAGGAUCUAUAUUGUUUUUAGGAUGGGCGUUAUGGGGUUCGGAAAAGAUCGACUCUUUUUCACAUAUAUAUUCUGUUGCCCUUUCGGCAAUGAAUCAAUCAACAAAAUCUUAUCGAGAUCCUAUAGUUCAUUCUGAAAUUUUAGUUCAGAUUAGUGAUCUCAUCACAAAAUUUGAGAAGAGUAUUGUCUUGUUGGAAUGGGACAUCAUAUUAGAUAUUUUAGAUAAUACGCGAUAUCAUUUUCUAGAGUGUGAAGCUUUGAAAGAAAGAGAAAAAUUUGUAUUAGAUGAUGCUAUAAAUCUUGAUUUGAACCAAUCUAGUGACUUAGCAGUUAUAAUAAACUAUAGUAAAUUAAUACUCCAAAUUCAAACUUUACACACAUCUUCCUCAUUUGAUGGAUCUACUUCACGUUUUAUAAGUCUAAUUCAGGAUCUUAGGGAUUAUAUUUCUGAAAAUGCUAUUCUUAUGCUUCUUGACUAUUAUGAAGCAGAACAUGCUUUGUAUCCAUCUUCACCUGAUUGGCUUGUAAUGUUAGUUGAUGUGGUUAAUACAUUCUAUGUUAAGAGAUCAUCAUCUAAUGUUUGUCAGAGAAUUUUAGCAAUGACGAUGGAAGUCUAUGAGGUUACGAAGGAUAUUUAUCAAGAAAAGCUCUUAGAAGCUGUUAUAGUUCCUAUGUUGACUAGUUUACCUGAAGAGAUUGAUAUAAAUUUAUCUAAUUCUUCAAUGGAAUUCUUGAUUAUUAUUCUCAAAGAGGUUCCAAACCGUUGGUUCUCUGCUUUAUUAAAGAUAUUAAUACAAUGUUGUCGUUGUAUUUGUAUUGAUGAACAAUCAAAUGCUAAACCACGAUUAAUGCAUUCACAAACUUGUAAAUGUUUCUCCUCUACCGAAGGUCUUAUUGACGUAUUUCAACACUGUUUAUACAAGGCUGGUUUCUUGGAUGAAAGCAUUGAGGUUUUCACUGAAAUCGUAAAAAUCCUUGGUGACAUAACAUAUCCCAUGAUUUGUCGAUUUACUUUAUUACAAUUAUUGGUUAGAAUGAGUGCUGAUAACGACCAUAGAAUUUAUUUUAUUGAAAAUUUAGAUAUAGUACAUAUUUCGCAUCGUGAUGGAGUUAUGACCGAGCAAAAUUCCUUACCAACAUCUACCUCUAGUAAUACCAGUGCUAAUUCAGGGAAAAACAAUGUGAAAAAGAAAAUUGAGCGAAGAGGUAGUUUAAAGGAUAUGGCGAGCUCGUUUCUUGAUAGAAAAGAAUUUAUUAAAUCUCUAACACCAGAUGAAAAUAAAAGUAUCCCGGAAGAAAAUGUUAUCGCAAGUCCACAAGAACGCCUGUGGCAAAUACCUGAGACUUUAAACUUUAAACUCAUUUCUAAUCAUCCGAGUCCCUAUGUUCUUUCUAAUGAAUUAUCAUCAAUAAAAUCUGAUCAGGCUCAAAAGAUGUGUAAUGAAAGUAGUUCAGAAUCUGAUACACUUGAUAUUCAAGAUAGUACCUCACACACGAAUGGAACAGAGACUGAAUGUCGAUUUAGGCAAAUUGUUCUACCAAUAAAUCUCUACUUAAGAUGCCUAGUAGAUAUCCUUACAAAUGAAAAGGAUUGGGAUAUAUAUUCAUAUAUAUUAUACCAUCUGCCAUCACAAUUAAGUAAACAACACUUAUUUUGCGCUGCAUCUGACGAAAUUCUUGCUUUAAGGAGUUGUUUGUGUGAUUGGAUUUUGAACAACAGAUUAGCAGAUAGUAUCUUGCUUCCAUCAGAUAUUAAAAAGGUGGAUGUAUAUGUUAUGGCGUAUCAAAUAUUGACAAUUCUUAUAAGCUAUCGCAACCUGUUUAUAAAGAAGCAUCGAGAUGAGUUAGUUUUGGCGUUUAAUGUUGGUUUACAAAAAUGGGGACAUAGCGCAAAACCUUGUACACAUGCUCUCAAUGUUUGUUUAUACGAGUUACCUCUUUCAGCUACAAAGCACCUUCAGAAUACGCUCGAUAGCUUGUCAAAGAUCAUAACAACAAGCACAAUGAGUGUUCAUAUUCUUGAAUUUCUUUCGGGAUUGGCCAGACUUCCAGAUUUGUAUGUAAAUUUUACUGAAUCUGAUUACAAACGUGUAUUUGGUAUCGCGGUGCAAUAUAUUCAAUAUAGUCAUGGACAACAAGCGACAACUACUGAUACAAAUUCCAUAAGUACUAAUGCAUUGAGUCAAUAUGAACGUAUUAUGGCAUAUCAUGUUAUAUACCUUUGGUUUAUGUCGCUGAGAUUAUCAGAACGGCGGAAAUAUGUAACAUUUAUCGUUCACGGUCUAUUAGUUGCAAACGGCUCUGCACAAAAUGUUGAUGAACAAACUGAAACGUGUUUCGAUAUGCUUGCACGUUUUUCUUUUGCUAAUCCUGAACCUAAGCCCGAACCAUCAUUUAUAACACAAGUAUUAACAGAUCAAAGAAAAGAUAAGGUAAAAUUGUCUACAUGGGUUCAAGGAAAUUCUUUCUUGACAAUAAAAACCAUGAAAUCGCUCGGAUGGGCUGAGAUUACAAUACGCAGACCUUCUGGGACAGUUGCUUUUUUAUGUAAACUGGAAAACCGUAAUAAAUCAGAUGAUGUAGACCAUAUUACAUUACCAGCAACAUUAAUGGCUCAUUAUGAUCCUGAUUCGCAAAAUGUGGUCCCACUUCCGACUAGUGUAACUGAGAUGAUGUCUUGUCAUUCAGAGGUCAUAACUGGAGUUUCUCAACAGGAAACGUCAGACGUUCGUAUUGUAUCUGAUGAGAAAUCAUUGGAUGUAGAAGUUCGGAAAGAUUUAAAAAUUGAAGAAAAGCUUACUGUAGUCAAAUCAGAAAACGGUGAUGCAGAACAAACCAUUUCAUUACACACAGAACCAUUAGAAAAUCACAUCGAUCAAGGUCACGUUAAUGAGACGCAGCUGGAUUCAUCUUCCGAUAUCAAUAAAACUCCUUUCACGACUUAUUCAAACCAACAGCAACAUGUUAUAAAUGAAGUUUUCACUUCAAAUUUAUCAAACGAAAUAAACAGCAUAUAUCGUAAGGAUGAUCCUCACGUGGAUCCAAGCUUUUUGUUUUUACAAUUUUCCCCUUAUCCUGAUCUCAUAUCUAAAGAAGGUCCUAUACCUUUACCGGACGAUGAUUCCACAACUCGUGCACUAUCGAUGUUGGAUCUUACGCCGGUUGUUGAUUUUUACAAAAUAGGUGUAUUAUAUGUUGGUAAAGAUCAAACUAACGAAACAGAUAUUCUAUCUAAUAUACAUGGUUCUCAAGAUUAUAUAAAUUUUUUGAACAAUUUGGGAACUUUGGUUCGAUUAAAGAAUUGUAAACAUGUCUACACAGGAGGACUUGACACUGAAUAUGACUCAGACGGUAAAUAUGCAUACUAUUGGGAGGACGAUAUCACACAGGUGAUAUUCCAUUGCGCUACGUUAAUGCCAACAGAUUUAGAACGUGAUCCACAAUGUAGUCUCAAAAAGCGACAUAUAGGUAAUGAUUACGUUACCAUCGUUUACAAUGAUUCUGGACAUGAGUACGCGUUUGAUACGUUACCUAGUCACUUUAAUUACAUAAACAUUGUGAUUUCACCACACUCUUUAAGAAAUCAAACAGAAUCUACAAACAAUAAUUCAUUUUUUAAAAUUCAAAUGCAACGCCGCUUGGAUAUGCCAGAAAUCGGACCCAUCACAGAAUUUAAAAUGGUAUCCUCGGAGGCUUUACCUGCAUUUGCACGUCAAACUGCUUUACAUGCAAAUAUAUUUGCUCAAGUAUUUCAAAAAAGUGGAGGACAAAGAAAUAUGGAAUAUGUAUCAAAUUGGAAAGAUCGAUUAAGACAGAUCAAACGAUUUAAAGACCGGAUUAUAGCAUCGUCAAUCAAUGGGAACAGUGAAAAACCAAAUAGUAGUGGUUUAAGUGAUAGUAUAGAAAGUAAUACAGUGUUAAGUUUAGAACCAGUUUUUGACUUUACUAGAUACGUAUAG